GGAGAUUGAAAGCCCUCUAUGUUAGCAGAACUUACAAGCCAUUGUAGUACAGAAAAAAUUUGAUUUAUCCUCGCUAAAAUGCAACAAUCCAACACUCUCGUUGUUUGGCUUAUAGCAACUGUACAAACCAGAUAUAGGUAGACCUGGGAGCUGUACAGGUAUUCCGCGGACCAGGAGUUAAUUCGUGGUUAUACAUCUGUGGCCGGUUCAGGAAAAAUCUCCCGCAUCAAAACUGGACCCGGGUUUUUGCCAAGCUUCAGUCAUAUCCAAAGAUUUUUUCAGUUGCAGACCAUAUGGACACAUUAAACCGUAAAAAUAAAGAUAUAAACUUCCUUUCUGGUUUGUACUUGUAAAAAAUCAGGAGAAAUAUACGGUGUUAAUUGCAUUUGUAGCGUCUCAACCAGAUUGGAGUGAGAAUCGAUAGAGAAAGACAAAGAGAGCAAGUUGUGGUUGUUUCAAUUUUGGCUUUUAAUUUGGUAAUUUAGUGCUUCAAUUAUUGGUGAAGAUUGAAGAAGGUAAAAUCUAUAGAGUAUAGUUUGUGGAGAUGGGUUGGGGAUGGGCGAUUUACGAAGGAGUGGUAGUGGUGGGAUCCUUGUGUCUAUUGGGAUGGGCUGGACUCUGGUUCUUGAACAUCAGACUUUACAAAGAGUAUGAAGAGAAGAGAGCACUGGUUCAGGUCAUUUUCAGUGUCGUUUUUGCGUUCUCUUGCAAUCUUCUACAGCUCGUUCUCUUCGAGAUCAUCCCUGUUCUUUCAAAAGAGGCAAGGGUGAUCAAUUGGAAGAUUGAUUUGUUUUGUUUGAUAUUACUUCUGGUUUUCAUGUUGCCUUACUAUCAUUGUUACUUGAUGCUUUGCAACAACGGUGUAAGGAAGGAGCGGGCUGCACUUGGAGCCAUCUUGUUUUUGCUGGCAUUUCUUUAUGCUUUUUGGCGCAUGGGCAUUCACUUCCCUAUGCCAUCACCUGAUAAAGGUUUCUUCACCAUGCCUCAGUUAGUUAGUAGAAUUGGGGUCAUUGGUGUUACUGUCAUGGCUGUUCUAUCUGGUUUUGGAGCUGUAAAUUUGCCCUACAGUUAUUUGUCACUUUUCAUCAGAGAGAUUGAUGAAGCAGAAAUCAAGGCCUUGGAAAGACAACUGAUGCAAUCAAUUGAUACUUGCAUUUCCAAGAAAAAGAAAAUUAUUCUUUGUCAAAUGGAGAUGGAACGGAUUCAAGUAUCUGAAGAGAAUUUAAAGGCUAGAUCAUUUUUUAAGCGGAUUGUUAGCACAGUUGUACGAUCUGUUCAAGAUGACCAAAAGGAACAAGAUAUUAAAAACAUGGAAGCAGAAGUGCAAGCUUUAGAGGAGCUAUCAAAGCAGUUAUUUCUUGAAAUCUAUGAGCUUCGCCAAGCCAAGGAAGCUGCUGCUUAUUCUCGAACCUGGAGGGGUCACAUGCAGAAUCUUCUUGGCUAUGCAUUAUCUAUCUAUUGUGUUUAUAAAAUGAUUAAGUCUUUGCAAAGUGUUGUUUUCAAGGAGGCUGGUUCAGUUGAUCCUGUUACAAUGACUAUUAGCAUAUUCUUGCAAUUCUUUGAUAUAGGAAUUAAUGCUGCAUUAUUGUCACAGUAUAUCUCCCUGAUAUUUAUUGGGAUGUUGAUCGUUAUUUCAGUUCGGGGUUUUUUAAUGAAUGUGAUGAAGUUCUUUUUUGCUGUUUCUAGAGUUGGGAGUGGAUCUUCAAGCAACGUUGUACUCUUUUUGACUGAAAUUAUGGGAAUGUAUUUUGUCUCUUCAAUUCUUUUGAUACGAAAGAGCUUGGCAAAUGAAUACAGGAUUAUCAUAACAGAAGUGCUGGGUGGGGAAAUUCAGUUUGACUUCUACCACCGGUGGUUUGAUGCCAUCUUUGUUGCCAGUGCUUUUCUUUCUCUCCUUUUACUUUCUGCUCAUUAUACAUCUCGGCAGGCUGACAAACAUCCAAUUGAUUAAAGGUACUCAUAUGUGCAAAAUUAUCACUCUGAGUUUGUAGAAAGAUGAUUAUUUGAUGCCUUAGGACAAGGAAUUGUUCUGUAAAGACAUCACAAAUACCCAAGGGUUGUUCGGAGACUAGAAUUUUACAGAGUACUUGGGACAUGUUAUUUUGUUGUGCAUAUCAGUUACACUUUGACAAGGAUAUUGUUUAUGUAAGAUUUAAUUUUGUUAAUUGAUCAAUUAAAAUUCCAAUUUUUUA